AUGGCCACCUCUACUUCAGCAGGGACCAAAGCAGUCUCUUGGUGGAAUUAUUUUUUCCUUUAUGAUGGUUCAAAGGUGAAAGAAGAAGGAGACCCAACCAGGGCUGGCAUUUGCUAUUUCUACCCUUCUCAGACUGCCCUUGAUCAACAGGAGUUACUCUGUGGACAGAUUGCUGGAGUUGUCCGCUGUAUUUUUGAAAUUUCUGGAUCUCCUCCCAGUCUUAUUCGCCUAAGGAAAUUGAAAUUUGCCAUAAAGGUAGAUGGAGAUUACCUUUGGGUGCUGGGCUGCACUAUAGACUUCCCCGAUGUCAGAUGCAAGGAAUUCCUGGAUCAGCUGAUUGGACUUUUUAGUUUUUAUAAUGGACCCAUUUCUCUGGCUUACAAGAAUCAUCCUCAGGAAGAGCUCAACAAAGAAUGGGAUAGUUUCAUCAACUCUAUUCUAAAAAAUACCAACGAGCUGCACAAAAUAUUCAAUUCUCUUUGGAACUUGGACAAAACUAAGGUGGAACCUCUCCUCUUACUAAAAGCUGCUCUCAUUCUGCAAACCUGCCAACGAUACCCUCACGUUCUGGCCGGCUGCAUCCUCUAUCAGGGACUGAUUGUGAGUACCCAGCUGCCACCUUCCCUCACUGCCAAAAUCCUUCUUCAUCGAGCAUCGUCUCCUCACAAGAAUCUACCUGCAGGAAGGGACGCCCUUCACGAACAUGAAUGUGCACUGCCGGCAAAUGUCCAGAUCGCCCCUGUUUUCCUUACAGAAGAUGAAGCCGUUAACCUUCGAGAUUUCCCAGUAGAAUGGAUGACAAGGUCUCCUGAAACUCCGGCCAAAGGCAAAGAGAAAUCAGAGUUCCUGCCUCAAAGGAGCCAGAGUCCCCCCGGCCCUAGAGAAGUCGACCAUGGGGAGGAGCAUUGUCUGCCCUGGAAACUGGCAACAGCGCCGCGGGAUGACUCCGUUUGUCCAAAUGGCCCCUUAGAAGCACGUGAGGGGACAGGACAUUCGCUCAGCCAUAACUCAGAGACCAUCAAACCACCGGGAUUUGGCACUGGCCCAGGGAAGGAGCCCGGUUUGCUCCAGAGGGAACAUGGGUCCUUCCCCCACCCCUCUACACUCCCCGGUCUAGGAGGUAAGGAAACGGAGACAUCCUCAGAGCCUUUGGACUCCCCAAGUGUUUGUGCCCACGAGGGUCAUGAUCCAUACCAGAACUCGGUUAGUCCAGAGUCAGCGGCAGCAGAACCUGGGUCACUAGAAGCAUCCCCUGGUAGUCCCACCUCAUGCCCUCCUGAGGAGCUCACACAGACCUCCCUGGAAGGCCUCCGUGAAGAUGAUCCAGGGAGUCCCAGCCAGGUCUGUGCUCCUGGAGGAAGCCAUCUCCCCGCCAGGGCCGGCAGCCCCAUGGCCUCAGCUCUCUCAGGCUCUAAGCAUCUAAGACCCGAGCUCUCUGCUGAAGAACUGGAUUCUGGUCAGCUUGUGGUGGGGGACAGCCCACAGGCAUCAUCCCGUGGUCCGGGGGGCCGUUCUGACUCACCGAGGUCUCAGGGCAGUGACUUCUCUACAAGUGGACCUGGCGUGAGCUUCCCCUGGAGGGACCCUCAGCCCAUUCUGGUCAAGAUGUACCUGUAUACUCACAGUGUUAAAGGGCUGGCCUUGUCCCUGCUGGCUGAAGAACCUCUGCUCAAGGAUGCAGCGGUCAUUGAGGAUGUGUAUCACAGCAGCCUGGCGUCGCUGAACGGUCUGGAGGUUCACCUGAAGGAGACGUUGCCCCAGGACGAGCCUGUACGAGCUACGUACAACUUUCUGCACUACGACAGCAUCCAGAAUGUUCUCACUGCCAACCUUCCCCAAGCACCCACUUCCCAGGAUCGACAUCUACUCCGGGCAGUCAGUUUGAUCCAUUCUGACUUCACCCAGCUGCCAACUCUGUAUGAGAUGACAGUCAGAAAUGCCUCCACAGCAGUGUAUGCCUGCUGCAACCCUGUCCAAGAAACCUAUUUCCAGCAGAUGGCCUCCCCCACCCGAAGCUCCGGAUUCCCCAGCCCUCAGGACGGCAUUUUCACCCUCCCGGGCAAGGCCAAGCAGAAGCUUCUGAAGCACGGAGUGAACUUACUCUGAGCAGGGAGGCUCCUGGAGGGGCUCCCCCAGGGAGGCCGAGCUCCAGUCGUCCUCUAAAGCCGGUCCAGGCCUGCCCUG